CCAAAGCGUUGCCUGGAGACGGCGAGCUGGGCCAGCAGGGCCAGCAGGGCCAGCUGGGCCAGCUGGGCGAGCUGGGCCUUGGGCCUCGGUGGCCAGGGGGCAUGGCCGGCCACGCCAAGGAGAAGCAGCCGCUGGACGAGGUCCAGAAGAACCUGAUCAUGUGCGAGCUGACCCGCAAGGAGCUGCGAACCCAGAAGCUGCACACGCAGUACAGCGUGAACCCCAACAGCAAAGUUCACACCUUCACCAGGAAGCCCAUGUCCAGGCACGAUAACAUGGAGGAACCCGCAGAUGCCAGGUUUCUCAAGCUCUUUCACUACGCAGCCCAGGGACCCAAGAUGAAAUACCCGGAGCCCCAGACGGAGAGCCAGGAAAUUGGAUGGGACACGGAGCCCUUGAUCGGCACGGACUGGAGCGACCGCCGGCUGCGCUUCUCCCACCACACCACCGAGCUGACCAGGUACAUGGCCGAGAUCUGGCGGGGGAAAGAGCAGGAGUAGCCGCCGGGAGCCGGAUCCGUCGGGUGCCUUCCCCGCUCCGGGCUGGCUCCCGCCAGCAGCUGGAGAUAAACCCUGUUGCAAGUUC